AUGUCUGCGAAGAUCCCUCUCCCAUCCGAAGGCGCCGCCGGGGGCGAGUCUGCGGAAACCGCAACGGCAACAUGCUAUUGCGGUGCAGUCCAAUUGCGAUUCCCCACCGAAGGCGACGGCUUCGUCGAAACCUUCAUCUGCAACUGCACCGACUGCCGCAAAAUCUCGGCAUCCGCCUUCUGCACCAACUUCAUCGUCAAACAGUCCGCCACCACGCACGUCCGCGGCCGCGAAAAACUCACAAAAUUCGCCCAGGACAACACCAUCGCGACGGGCAACACGAUGCAGAACCACUUCUGCAGCGUCUGCGGGAUUUUGAUGUAUCGCAUCUCGAGCGGGUUUCCGGACAUGUAUGUGUUGAGGUUGGGGACGGUGGAUGAUUUUGCGCUGCAUGAGGGGAAGUUGCGGCCGAGUGUGGAGCAGUUUACGAAGGAUCGUGUCAGCUGGUUCCAUGGGGGUGAGGGGGUGAAGCAGUAUGAGGGGAAUUAUUAUACUGGGGGAAAGGAGUGGAAGAGUAUGCACGAGAAGUUGUGA